CCACCUACCUUUCAAUGUCCAGCCGGGCACACGGUAUGCUCUCGCUGUAAGGCGCGAGUAAGACAAUGCCCUGUCUGUCGUGGAGAGUUAAGAAACUACCGCAAUUUAACAUUAGAAAAACUUUUGGAAAUUAUAGCCCUGCCCUGCGCCUACAAAGAUAAUGGAUGUCCGGAAAUUCGUCUCUCUAAGGAUAGAAAAACCCAUGAACAGUUUUGCCCCUUCAGAACGUGUUCUUGUCCCUCUCUGGACGACACCUGCAAAUGGGAAGGCGUCUAUCAACAGAUGGUCCCUCAUCUGACAGAAAAACACCCAGGAAUAAAACAUUUAAACCACAACGCUGUUAAGAUGGCCCUCGUAGGGUUGGAAGAAACCCAACCUCUCACUUGGGUGGCCCGCCUUCAUUGUUUCCAACGAGAUUUUCUGAUUCAAGUUAUUAAAACGGAAAAAGAAGACGAAAACUCUCCUCUCCAUAUUAUAGUUCGAAAUGUAGGAAGUCGCCGGGAAUCAGGACUAUUUAGAGGAAAAAUCGAAGUCCGAGGGCGAGGGAAACUUAUGCUAUGGGAAUCUAUAACCCGGAGUGUAACUGGAGACCUGAAAUUUUUAAUCCGAAUGAGAGACUGUAUGACACUGAGCAUACAAAUGUUAGAGCGAAUGCUCGAGGACAAAGUUCUGACCGUCAUCGUGACGAUCUUGCCCUCGUGCACUCGACAAAUAGUCGAGACGUCUGAACCAGACACAGAAGGGAGAACACAGCUCGAAGAAGAAAGAGAGGAGAAUCCACUCGCGGAAAUUUCUCAGUAAACCUAAAGGCAGCGCGAGACGAGAAUGUAUCUUUUUGGAAAAAAAAUAAAUAAAACGCAAAUGUUUUAAGGAACUAGGACGCACUGCUGGACACUAAACCUGUUUCCUUUUGUGUUAACAGAAAAGGCCAUGGCAGAGUCAUCGGGAUGGUGGGAC